AACCCCGACUGCCGUCACGAAAAGGGUGUGAUGCGCCUGUUUUCUGUGCCGAGUACUCCAAAUACUCCAUUUAACUUGACCUCCGCCUACUGACAAAUAUUCCACGAAAGUUCGUUUCGCCCUUACGCUUAAUUAUACCCGAGUUAAGGCCGUCUGCCUCCGUGUGUGUGCGUCUUGAUUUCUUUGCGAGCCAACGUCCCCCGUUUUCGCGGUCGGGCAAGUUUUUUUACGAGUCCCUGGUCAGUUCCGUCGAGCAAGCUGUUAUCAAGUGUUUUUUCCUCCCCUCGACAUUUUUCCCACCGAGAUAAAAAUAUCACGGGGGCCCUUUGUUUCGUUCGCGUUACUUUGUUCCAUUGUUGUCUAUGAAUAGACGAUUCGAAAUCAUCAAAGGCGUUACUUCUAGUUUCUUGUAUAAGAAUCGCCUCGUUUAUGCCCUCGCCUCUCAAACUUGUAUUUAGUGCGCUUCAUGGUACCUCCUUAAUCCCUGUUACAACCUGGAUAUCCUGGGCUUAACCAAGAUUGAACUUUCGUCCAAGGAUAAGUAUGGCCUGACGAGAAAAGAUGAGGGCAGCAGCAAAGGAGAAACCAGACCCACCCACCAGCAUCAGUUCUUUCCAGAUUCCAAAAUGCGGUCCCAUUCCUCUUGGUUCAUAUGCUGAUCAAGAACUGGCUGGAUUAAAAUGAGGAGGAAGAAUUCGGUGCUCCAGUUAAAUGCAAUUUUUAUGUUUUACCUAUCACAUAUCUAUAUAGUCAGCUCUUCUCAAUUUUUCAAGGGAAAGCGAGAAACGAGGGGACGAGACCUGUUCGGUUGGCAGCAGUUGUGGUAUUCCAGUGGAGAUGACUACCAGCAGUUCAACGAGCCAAUUUUUAUCAACAACACAGUUACCGAUCGAACCGUCCAACUUGGUGCUACCGCCUUCCUCAAUUGUAGUGUUAGAAACUUAGGCGAGCGAACGAUUUCUUGGGUGCGUCGGCGUGAUUGGCACAUCCUAACCAGUGGCCUUGUCACCUACACUAGCGAUGAGAGAUUCCAAGUCCUACAUUUAGAGGGAUCCAAUGACUGGAUCCUUCAGAUCAAGUAUGUGCAACGAAGAGACAACGGCACUUACGAAUGUCAGGUGUCGACAGGGGCAGGGAUCAUAUCCCAUUUUGUCAACCUGCACGUGGUUGUGCCCAAAGCUCUCAUUCUUGGAAGCGGAGAGCAUCACGUCAACGAAGGAAGUUCCAUCAACUUAGUUUGCAUCAUCGAUAAGAGCCCAAUGCCGCCGCAGUAUGUGUUCUGGUACCACAACGACCGGAUGAUCAACUACGACGUGGCGCGCGGCGGGAUAUCUGUGGAGACAAAGCCGGGCCCGAAGACGCAGAGCAUCCUCACCAUCGCCGGCGCAGAUGAGUCCGACAACGGCAACUACACCUGCAGCGCCUCCAACACCGAGCCGGCCUCCAUCUACGUCUUCGUCUCCGAAG